GUCUGGAAAAGUUUCAGAAGGUUCAAAUGGCAAAGUUAUUCACUUAUCUGUUGUUCUUUUUGGCCAUCUUCUUGAUUAUCUCUCCAGUUUUAUCAUUGCCUUUGAAAAUAGGGUUUUAUCAGAAAACAUGCCCAUCGGUUGAGGCCAUUGUGAGAAGUACAAUAAAAACAGCAUUGAUUAAUGAUCCUGGAUCACCUGCGGCUCUCAUCAGACUUCAUUUCCAUGAUUGUUUUGUGAGGGGUUGUGAUGCUUCCAUACUUCUCGAUUCCGCACCAAGCAAUCAAGCAGAGAAAGAUAGCAUGGGGAACAAGGGUGUCCAAGGCUUCCAAGUCAUCGAUGAAGCAAAGGCUAAAAUAGAAGCUCAAUGUCCGAACACUGUUUCAUGUUCAGAUAUCCUUGCCUUUGCAGCUCGUGACAGUGUCACUCUUGCAGGUGGCCAUUACUAUGAUGUUCCGUCCGGACGCCGCGAUGGAAGGGUUUCUUACAUGGCAGAAGUGACUAAGAACCUCCCUGAUGCAUUCUUUAACGUGACACAAUUGAAAGAAAAUUUUGCACGGAAAGGUUUGUCAAUGGAGGAAAUGGUAACACUUUCAGGUGCUCACUCUAUUGGGGAUUCACAUUGUUCUUCAUUCUCAAAACGUUUAUACUCUUUUAACAAGACUUUUGCUCAAGAUCCAUCCAUGGAUCCUUCUUAUGCUAGUUUUUUGAAAACUAAAUGCCCUCGGCAAUUGAACACCAGAACUGGUCCUGAUCCGUUGGUGCCUUUUGAUCCUGUAACCCCGAACCGGCUUGAUAAUAACUAUUAUAAAAACUUGAAGAGCAGCAGGGGACUGUUGGCUUCAGAUCAAGUGCUUUGGAAUAAUAUAUUAACAAGGAGGAUUGUGAAAGGGAAUGUGAACCACCCAAGGACUUGGGCUGCAAAGUUUGCUGCUGCAAUGGUGCAAAUGGGUUCCAUUGAUGUGCUCACUGGGAAACAAGGGGAAAUAAGGAAGAAUUGUAGGGUUGUGAAUUGAAGAUCCGAUGUGCCUGUCGAGACUACUGCUGAAAUUUCUAGUUUUCUGUUUGCUUUGAUUUCAUAAUGUAUUUUAUGAUUUUGAUUUCAACUAAAGAAAAUUUGUUUAAAUUAAAUACUUGUGUGAUCAUUUAAA